GCAUGUCAUUUAUAAUGAAUAUUCAUGCGCGCCAACGUAACUAAGUGACUGUCUGUAAUUUAUCUAAACUCUAACGGGUUUUUUCCCUGCGAAAGUCGACAUAUGUUAACGGGAAGAAAUGCAAUUAAACCUUGUUAAUCUACACUUUACUUGUCUCAUUAGAAACUUGGUUACUGCUACGCUACGUAAACUUGUUGUUUUUCGCAGUUCACGUAAAUGAACUAGGCCUAAUAGCCUAUGUUUGCUCAGAUAUAACGAUUUGAUAAUAUUUAUCAUCAUUAGAUAGAGUGACCACUGAUAUCACUUAGUUUUUCAAAAGAAGUUUGCUCUGCACUCUCCCAUCUAUACACCAUGUACAUGGGCAUUAAUUAUUACUUCCCCUGUAGUCCAGAGGACGAUUACAUGUUCAGUGCUUUUACAAGGAAUGGCAGAUUAAACAGAGAAUUUGCUGCUUAACACUUUAACUUGCAGCCGGAUGCUUCUUAGCACCGAAUUUUGUUGAAACCGAAUUGUUACUUAAUCAGAAUUGCUGCAAGUUACCGAAUUGAUGUUUAACUAUGAGUUGUUGCCAAACACCGAAUUGUGCAUAAACGAGAUUGCAGCAAAAUACCGAAUUGAUGGUUAACAGGGAGUUGUGUCCAAACGUCGAAUUGUAUAAAAACCAAAUUGCAACAAAACCCCAAUUGCAGCAACAUACCGAAUUGAUGCUUAACACCUAGCCGUUGCCAGACACCGAAUUGUGCUUAAAACUGAAUUACACGACCAGAUUACUGCAAGUACCUUGGUGCUUAACACCGACUUGCCGCCGGCCAAACACAGAAUCAUCUUACCAGCGAUGAUAUUUACCACAGAUAAUGCGGACACGGAAAUGAAGAAUGUAGGUCUGGUUAUAUUCGAAUGCGCCAUUCUAUCAUGCAUGUUAAUCCUGGGGUCUAUCGGAAAUACUUUGACCAUCAUAGCAGUUUUGACCAAUAGAGGACUUCGUGAACCUGGACAUUACCUAGUUGUUAACCUAGCUAUAGCAGAUUUGAUUCCCUGUCUGAUAACCGACUCCGUGUACAUUGUUUCAGCUUGGUAUCGAGAAUGGUUCUUGCCAAACGCGUACAUCGCCUGCCAGAUCAUUGGUGUGUUGACCGUUCUCUGUCUUAAUGCCUCAAUUAUGAACCUGACCAUGAUAGCGGUCAAUAGAUACGUUUGUAUUGUAAAAUACAGUAGGUAUAGAACAAUCUUCACCCCUGGACGCACGAUACUUAUUUGCAUAUUAAUAUGGGUUCCACCGUUAAUCAGUGUCAUGGUCCCUUUCUUCAAUCGCGAAGAUGUCUUCGGUUUCCACGACGUCGCCCUUUCUUGUAGUAUAGAAGCUACUUCGGAAGGAUCGCGAUUUUUAACAUUGUCACUUCUAACAUUUGUUCCUUUAUCUUUUACUAUAAUUACAUUUUGCUACGUGAGUAUUUUCCGAGCGGUGAGAGCCAGUCGUCGGCGCAUUGAGCAAUGGAAGGAACAAAGUAGUCAGACUGGCACAUCGAAAAGACCUAAUGGAGAAUAUACAGACACAAGAGAAAUAAAAGUUGCUCUACCUCGAAGUUCGAAAUAUGGCUUAGAGUUAGAAAAAAGCACAGGAUCUUCGUCGGCGGUGGUAGAUGUUAAUGACACGGUGGCAAGAAGUAACUUGGAGCUUCAAAAGGAUCAUCAACCACCACCAGUGGAUAAAAAUGAUCAACAAUCCUCGAACGAGAAAACCACCGCAAACUACAACAUUCACGCAAAACUUAAUAUAAAGAAAGAGGUUCGAUUAACGAUGAAUUUAUUCAUAGUCUUUGUCGUGUUUAUCUUCUGCUGGAUGCCAAUAACAAUUGCCGCUAUCGUUGAUUCGGAUUUUUCGGCGCCAGAUGCCUUGUGGCAGUCUUUAAGCAUUUUUGCUUUGGCUAACUCCUGCUGCAACCCUAUCGUAUACGGCUGGAGAAGCAAGCAGUUUCGACAGUCAUACAAAGAAAUACUAAAGUGUUCAUCAUGUACCACAACUCCACCAAUAGAUUCUUCUAUUGUCGUCCAAUGAAAAAUACCAAAAAAAAAAAAAAAAAAAAAAAAAUUAAUUAAUUUAGAAAAUAACUUGCUCAUUUUGAAUUUGAAUUAAAUGGUAAACUAACUUGAACAUUAAAGUUAUUAUAUUUAAAAUAUAUAUUUUACAGCGAAAAAUGAUAGAAACAUGAGUGCUUUAAUUAUUUUUUAUCGUAAUAACCAGUAGAAUCAGUGUACACAAUUUUUGUAAUUCAAUCAUUUCUUUGCUCAGGUUAAUAAUGUGUUUGUUACUGCAAAAUGAGAAAGUAAGUUAAUUUCACAUUUUUUUUAUAGUAUGAUUUCUAAGUAAUUGACUCUAUACGUUUUAGUCUCUCCCUGGGCCCCCUCCAUUUCGAAUUCCUGGACCCGCCACUGGUUGUGCUGUGUGCAACCAAACAAAUAUCUGACUAAAGAACUCAAACUCACAGAUACCCAUUUUUCAGGUCUUAAACGGCGCUUUUCGAAUUACGGUAGGUUGUGAAUAAUGUAAAAUGUGAUAUUCUAGUAAUUUCUGUAUUUAAUGUAAGUUAUUUCAGCCAUGUCACUGACUGGUUUGUUUUACAAUUGUUAUAUAAUAGGCUUAAAUUAUACUUCUUUUUUGACAUUUCAAUUCCAACAAUUUAUGCCAAUAUCAAACAAUUUAAUACGAUAACAUCGUCACAUCACAUGGUCCUAUUUGAGCACUGUUAUUAUCAUUCCAUAGUUCAUUAAUGUGCAAUAAUUAUAAUACAGUACCUGAAUUUGAAUACAAACACGACCCGAUUGAUUUUAAUCGUAUUAUAGUGUAAUCGCUAAUUUCCAUUUUAAGCCAUGUUUUUGCUAGAUUAUUAUGAAAUUUAUCAAACUACUAAUUUUUCGACCUACGUACGAUUGCAUACAUGGCCUAGAAUACAUGUACGUUGUGAUAGCCGAAAUAGGCAUAUGAUAAUUAUACUGUGCGUAGUCAUUAUCGGCACUUCCGCCACUUUGUUGAUAAUAAAGACAGGAAUGCACUAUGUAAUGAGUGUGUGUUAAACCGUUUUAAAAUGAUGAAAGGCAAACAUAAAUCCAUUUAUUCAUUUAUUUAAAUAAUGAAGAUAAAUGUCUAAUGCAUUCGGGAACGGAGAUUUAUUACCUUUAGACAAUCCAAUCACGUUCAUGGUUAAACUUGCAUAUUUUCUUUUUCGUGUGUUAUAUUAAUGAUAUUGGCAUUGAUGAUAAUUCUGAUUUUAUAAGUUACUGUGUAUUGAUUAAGGCUAAUGGAAAUGUUUAAUAAUCACCCUGGUUGCAGUUAUAUUUUCCAAACAUUUUCUCCUGUACAUAAUAUAUAUAUUUUUUAAUUAAUAGGGCUUUUAUUAUUAUUUAAUAUUUUAUUUUGUAUAUCAAUCUUUCCACGAAGAAUGUAUUUUUAUCUCUGAUUUAUGUCAAGGUAGGGUUGUGUUAUGUAUUUUAUAUUAUGAUGAGCAUGUGUACAUAAAUUCUAUAGACCUAUAUAAAAUAAAAGUACACACCAGACCAUGGAAAACAACUCAUUUUCUUUUCUAAAUGCAAAUUAAGAACAUUAUGAAUAUAAGUGGUAGGCAUAAUAAUAAUAAUUUAUUACAAUAAAAUUACAAGGAAAUAAUGACAUUUUAAAAUUUGAACACAAACACAUGGGCUAUUAUUCAGUACCAAUAUUAUAAUAGUUAGUAGCAGUAGUAGUAGCAGGAGUAAAAAGCCAGAUAGCAGGGGUGGACCCAGGGGAUGGCGAACAGGGGGAAAGGACUCUCCCCCCCCCC